AUGCCGGCCGACACGAUCCACCUCGCCUCGACGGCCACGACGCACCCCUCGUUCACCGUGUGGGGCCACGAGAUCGUGGUCGACGUGCCCCUCCCGACCCUCGUCUUCGCUGCUGUCGGCGCCGCGUUUGUCGCGCGCUACGCCUGGAGCUGGUUCAGGCUCGUCGCGGAGCUGACCGUCGUCCCCGGUAUCAGCCUCAAGAAGUUCCAGACCAAGACCAAGGGCGCGGUGUCGUGGGCGGCCGUCACGGGCUGCACGGCCGGUAUCGGACUCGAGUUUGCGCGCCAGCUCGCGGCCAAGGGGUUCGGCGUGGUGCUUGUCGGCCGUCGUCAGGCGGCGCUGGACGAGCUUGCCCAGGAGAUUGAGGCCAAGUACAAGGUGCCCACCAAGACUGUGAUUGCCGAUGCGGCCGACGUUGCCGGCCGUGACGCGGCCAUUGCGCGCGUCGUUGCCGCGACCCGCGACAUUGACCUCGGUGUGCUCAUCAACAACGUCGGCGCGUCGCACGAGAUGCCCGUCGCGUUUGCCGACACGGACCCUGCUGAGAUUGACGCCAUUAUCCAGACGAACAUUUCGUGGACGCUCCAGUUCACUCGCGCGAUCCUGCCCCAGCUCGUGGCCCGCUCGGCGGACCUGGACGCGCCCAAGUCGCUUGUCCUCAACAUUGGCUCGCUGUCGGGCCGCAUCCCCUCGGCCCUGCUCGCUGCCUACUCGUGCACUAAAGGCGGCCUGCAGACGUGGAACACGGCCGUGGCCGCCGAGGUCGAGCCCGUGGGCGUCAUGUUCCGCAUGGUGUUCCCUGCGUUUGUCGUCUCGAACAUGUCCAAGAUCCGCAAGCCGUCGCUCACUGUCCCCACCGCGCGCGACUUUGUGAAAUCGACGCUGGGCUCGCUGGGCCUCCAGCGCGGCGCGCAGGGCAGGCCGUACGACGCGACGCCGUACCCGUCGCACGCGCUGCUCGACUAUGUCGUCGGCCUGUUUGGCGGCGUGUCCGAGCAGCUCGGCGUCAGCGUCAUCCUCGGCAUGCACAAGGACAUUCGCGCGCGCGCGCUCAGGAAGAAGGCGCGCGAGGCCAAGGCCGCAAAGUCGCAGUAG